UGUAACAGAAUGAGAGUUGAAAGAUUGAAGUUUCUUGUUUAGUUUCUCAGUGUUAAAGCCUGUGACACAUUCUCCCGGCCAUUCAUUUGUUCAUUACCUGCUGGAACAUGAGGCUGAGGGAGUGCGGCUGCUGCUGCUCUUUACUCUCCUUUAUCCUGUGGAUUUAUUCUCUUUCUGCUUCUCUUUCUGCUGCUGCCGCCGCUGCUGCAUCUGGUGACAAACAGGACGAGUCGCUGAGUAUUUCCAGAGGCAGAUGCACAUCCAGGUGUCUGAGUCUCCACAUCACUCGCAUCUCUCAAUACUUCAAGCACUUCCAGAAUAAUGGCUCCCUGAUUUGGUGUCAGAAUCACAAGCAAUGUUCUAAGUGUUUAGAACCCUGCAAAGAAACGUGGGAUUUGAGAAAGAAAAACUGCCAUAAUCUCUGCGAGCCGCUUUUCCCCAAGAAGCACUAUGAAUGCUUAACCAGCUGCGAGUUCCUGAAAUCGGUUUUGUCGGUGAAGCAGGGAGAUUGUCCGGCUCCAGAGAAAGCCAGUGGCUUUGCGGCCGCUUGCGUUGAAAGCUGUGACUCUGAUAUUGAGUGCUCAGGGGUGAAGAAGUGUUGUUCCAAUGGAUGUGGCCAUACGUGCCAAGUUCCGAAAAAUCUGUACAAAGGUGUCCCUUUAAAGCCUAGGAAAGAGCUUACCUUUGAUGAACCACAGCCUGGACAUCUGGAGAUUAAAUGGUCUUCUAAAUUUAAUAUUUCGGUUGAGCCAGUGAUCUAUGUUGUACAAAGGAGAUGGAACUAUGGCAUCCACCCAAGUGAGGAUGAUGCAACGUCCUGGCAAACAAUGGCACAGAUAACUGAUGAACGAGUACAACUGUCCGACAUCAGACCAAGCAGGUGGUACCAGUUCAGAGUGGCUGCUGUCAAUGUCCAUGGAACACGAGGUUUUACAGCACCAAGUAAACAUUUUGGUUCUUCUAAAGAUCCUUCACCCCCAGCAGCACCAACAAAUCUCAGGAUCUCCAAUUUAACUACAAACAAUGAGGGGACUGUGUCCGUUAGGAUCACGUGGGAUUUCCCAGAAGAGCCCGAUAUCCCUGUGCACCAUUAUAAAGUCUUCUGGAGUUGGGCAACUAACAGCAAAUCUGUCAGCCCGGCUAAAAAGAAAAGAAGAAAGACAACAGAAGGGUCUCAGAAGUCGGUGGCUUUGGAAGGUCUCCAAGCAAAUAGCAACUAUAUGGUUGAACUUCAAGCAAUCACAUACUGGGGACAAGUGCGUCUAAAAAGUGGCAAGGUCUCACUCUACUUUUCCACUAGCCCCCCAAGCACAAGCCAGGAUCAAGUAUCAAAAAUAAGCAAAAUCAAGACAGACAUUUUAGCUGUGCCCCAAAGGAAGCGCAUGGCUCGCAUGCUGGAAAUCGGCGCACCUUUCUACCAAGACAAUCAGCUGCAGGUCAAAGUCUACUGGAAAAAGACAGAAGAUUCAAUGUUAGGACUGUACCAUGUCCAGUGGUUUCCUGAAUCAUGCACUCAUAAUGAGACCAAAGGACCUGAAAAAGCAUUGACUCAAGAUCAUCAUAUAGUGCUACCAGCCCUGUUGUUUUCCUGCAAAUACAAAGUUACUGUACAUCCAGCAAGACUCAAAGAUCAUUUAAAAUCUGAAAGUAUUUUCUUUACAACACCUCCAUGUUCAACACUGAAAGGGAAGACCCAAAAACAAAUCAAUUGUCCAUCUGACACAGCUCCACUUGUCUACAAAGUACUUGCAAAACCCGAAAACCUUUCUGCAACUUUCAAUGUACAAGAGGGUAAUAUCACUGGCUACUUUUCUUGGCAACUCUCCAAAGUCAAUCUUCAUCAACCUAUGACAGGCUUUCAAGUCACAUGGGCAGAGGUAACAACCGAGAGCCGACAGAACAGUUUGCCAAACAGCAUUAUUUCUCAGUCGCAAAUAUUGCCAGCGGAUCAUUAUAUGCUGACAGUUCACAAUCUAAGACCAUCAAUGCUUUAUAAAUUGGAAGUUCAGGUACUGACAACGGGAGGAGAAGGUCCAGCAACAAUAAAAUCUUUCCAAACACCAGAUGUCCUGUCCCCUUUACCUCACCGGCUUCAUCUUAAACAUCACCGUCCUCACCACUACAAACCAUCUCCAGACAAGUACUGAACUCAUACUGAAUCAAACUCAUCUUAAAAAGAAAUUGUGCAUGAAAGGAAUUCAGGAAGAAACGAUGGGAGUCAUUCAUGAGAAGAUCAUGGGUUGACGGCUGAAUAAUUGUAUCUUCAGCUAUGACUUCUAGUCAGUUCCCAGUAUGCAAUGUGUAGCACCUCCUUCCAACAUACUGAAGGUUACUACUCCUGUCUCCCUUAUAUUUGAAUGAGACUUUCACAGUGCAAUCUUAUUUCACAACGAAUAAUGUCAGUAGUUUAUCUGUUUGUGAAUACUACAUUUUGUAUAUAUGACGUAAAUGUUUCAUAAAAGAAUUUUUCAGGAACUGAAAGUGAAAGCAAUAAUAUACCUGAAUAUCAUAGACACAGACUUAAGUAUUGGCAUUGGUGCAUUCCAUGAUGGCCUAAAUGCAAUAAUAGGGGUGACAGUUAAAUUCUUUGAUUUUAUGAUACACGGCCGAGUGUAAUGAUCACUACAUGCCACAACAUUGUUUAUUGAAUGCAGUUUUAUGCAAUAGAUAAAUUGGAAGACAUUGAGACACACGUAUGUUGAGUUACAGACAAAUGGACAUUUCUGUGAUGCGUUAUCGUUGGGUUGAGCUUUAAACUAAGGCAAAAUAUAAAGCUUAAAUAUAAAAAGAGAUUACUAGUUAGUGUUUUGGUGAUAAACCCAUGUAUACAUAGAUAUAUAGUUGAACGUCUCUCCUUUUCAAUUGUCACUACUAUUGUGUUACUACUAGCAAUUAUAUAUAGGCCCAAGCUUAAUAUAUAGGCACCCGAGGACCAUCCCCUAAAAGCUGCCACCAUAGACACAGGCUCUCGGGUGCCUAUAUAUAAAUACGGCCCUCCUUGUUUCCCAGAAUUCUUUGUCUUGGUUGAGAACCACGGGGAAUGCUAAAGCUGGCCAUAGACUCAAAGAUCCGCUCGUUUGGCGACAUCGCUAAACGAGCGGAUCUUUCCCCCGAUAUGCCACUAAC